AUGCUACCAGAUGUAUUAAAAGCCAUAAUUGAAAUACUCAAGGAUUAUAUUAAGUUACCAACAAACGAGGAGCAAUGGAAAGCGAUUGCGAAUGAUUUUGACAAGCGAUGGAACUUUCCACAUUGUAUUGGCGCCAUGGAUGGAAAACAUGUGGUCAUCCAAACACCAGAAAAUACAGUGGGCGAAUUUCAUAACUACAAAGGAACACAUAGCAUAGUAUUGUUUGCAAUUGUAGAUGCAAACUAUUGUUUUACAUAUGUUAAUGUUGGUUGUCAGGGUCGUAUUUCGGACGGUGGUGUUUUCAAAUCCACUUCAUUUUAUAAGCAAAUUGAAAAACACGAAUUUAAUUUACCAAAUAGUGAACCACUAUGUGGUAGAACCAUGUCAGUACCUUACGUAUUAGUUGCUGAUGAUGCAUUUGCACUAAGUACCUAUACUCUGAAACCAUAUUCAACCGAUUUAAAUGUGGGGUCACCAAAAAGAGUGUAUAAUUAUAGGUUAUCUAGGGCAAGACGUAUCGUUGAAAAUGCGUUUGGGCUUCUCGCAUCUGUAUUCAGAAUAUUCCGUAAGCCCAUUGAAUUAAAAGUCGACAGUACUGUAAUUGACGUUGUUUUGAGUUGUGUUUACAUACACAAUUUUCUACGAAUGCAGAUAGAUUCUACACGGGAUUACUGCCCUCCAGGUUGUUUUGAUAAUGAGGAUGUAAGCACUGGAGAAAUCAUUCCCGUGUCAUGGAGAGUAAUAACUGCCGAUGACAGCGGUUAUAGGCCACUUCAAAGAAUUCCUCCUGAGUUGUCAGGCCCAUUUCCGACAACCAAUGUAUUCCUACGUCGGUUGCGCUUGCCUUUGGCGGCUUUCCAAGAACUGGAGCUACCACCAUCGUCACCUUCCUGCGUCUGA